UUAUGUAAGCGUUAGAACUCUUCAGUUUUGGCAAAAUGGGUUGUCGUAAAAGAAAAGAUGAGUCGCACAAUGGUGCUUAUGAGUCAUCGGCGGGUAAUAUAGAAAUUCAAACGAGGAAGAGAGCCAAGAAGCCUGUUCAUCACAGCAAAUCGUUCAAACUUAUUUUCCAGCUCACUCUUACUGCAGUUUUCUUUUUUGUUGAACUUAUUGUUGGCUAUAUUGGGAACAGUAUGGCCCUCGUUGCCGACUCUUUCCACAUGCUUAGUGAUGUUAUUUCACUCAUAAUAGGAUUGCUGGCAGUUCGAAUGGCCAGUAAACGGUCAUCGAAAAACACAUUUGGCUGGGUUAGAGCUGAAGUUCUUGGAGCACUCGUGAACUCAGUAUUUUUGUUGGCUCUCUGCUUUUCUAUUUUCAUCGAAUCUGUAAAACGGAUUAUCGAACCCGAACCCGUUGAAGAUCCAGAUUUAGUCCUCUACGUUGGUAUUGCUGGCCUUCUCAUCAAUGUCAUCGGGAUGUUCAUUUUUAGUCACCAUCAUGCUCAUGAUCAUGGAGGAGGUGGUCAUGAUCAUGGUCACGGACACAGUCAUGGACACGGCAACACUCAUGUUCACAACCAUGGGCACGAUCAUGGCCACGGUGAGGCAAAUCAUCAUCAUGUCCAUGCUCAUACGCAUCAGAGCCAUGAUCACAAGCUGACUAAACCAUUGAAGACUGGCAAUGUCGGAGACCACUCUGACGGUGAUUCGGAACAGAGCGAGACCUUGAUCACAAGUCACGGUGAUAAAAGCGCAAUCGAUAGUGAGUUCAUGACCGGAAAGAGCAAUGCUACAAACUGCACCAGCAGUAGCUCAACUACUGUCAAUAGCAGGUCAACUCUGAAUCCGAAAGACUACGAUCACUUGCCAACAGACUCAGAGUCGGGAGAUACGCGUCCAGUGAACAUCAUGAAUCCGCAACUGACCGCACCGAGUUUCACGUGUUACUUCUGCCGAAACUGCAUUCCAGCUGCAUCGAGAUCUAAGUGCCAACCGGAGUCGUGUUUCAAGUGUGCCGAGAAUCAAGUCCCAUCUGCUAUCACAUAUCCAUUAGAAGUGACAAAGAAAGUCAACAUGAACGGUAUCAAGAAAGAUGAAGAAAAGCAACAAUCGUGUGCGAAAAAGAAGCAAAAUCCUGACCAAAUGAACAUCAGGGGAGUGUUCCUGCACAUCUUGGGUGAUUUUCUGGGAUCCAUCAUAGUGUGCAUCACAGCGGGUACUUUGAUGCUCUGUGAGAGACUCCAGUUCUGUGGACCAGUUUGUGAUAACCAGCCCACUGGUACACGAGUAGAAGUGCCAUGUUGGACAUUCUACCUCGAUCCAUGUCUCAGUAUCUGCAUGGUUAUCAUCAUUCUGAGUUCAACCAUUCCACUGUUGAAGGAGUCUGCCUUCAUUUUGCUGCAGACAGUUCCAACACACAUUCGCAUAGACCAAGUGCAAAGCGAACUGCUCGAACAGGUGCCAUCGAUUAAAGGCAUGCAUGAGUUGCACGUGUGGCAGCUGGCGGGCAAUAGGAUCAUAGCAUCUGCCCACGUGCAGUGUCAGUCUCCACAGGAGUACAUGCAGAUGGCGAAUGACAUCAAGAGGUACUUCCACGACAUGGGAAUCCACUCUACCACCAUACAGCCAGAGUUCAUCGAGACUCCGUGGGACCCUAAAAACGGCAUGACUAUGAAGGUACCUAUUAUUGGUAGAACAGACGUAACACACGAUUCUCAGGGAUCGGUUAGUGUUGUAGGCUCAAGUGGCAGUAAUUCCAAAGAGAGCAAGUCAGUCGUUCGCAGCGAUGGCGGCGAUAAUUAUGAGAACGCUGCCGACAACAAGGAAUGUCUGCUUACAUGUGGACCGGAAAAGAGUUGCACCGACGAGCUGCUCUGCUGUCCGAGGGACCGAGCAGAUCCGAAGCGCAUUUCGAAGAAGCGCAUUAGCGAGCAGGAACAGGGUGGCAAUGCGACUGGCAAGCUGCUGACAGAUGUUUCUCUGGAUCUUACUGGCAUAUCUAAUCAGGGUUCCCAUUUGUCCGCUGCCGACCCGAGAAAACCGAACGAACAACAAUCCUUUGCCAUUGCCAAUUUUCAGUCCGGUGGCAAUUCUCGAGGCUCAAAUUCAAACAGUGAAGCGUCGAGAGGUAAACAGCAGACAAUUUCAAUCAGCCAAUCACAUUCCUCGAACGUGAACAACGAAUCUCGUUCGUAGCAAUGCUAUAACUGAAGUUGUUAUUCCUGCUCUCUAAAGCAACGAAGGGAAAAGUCUGUAGAUGACGAGGCUCAAACUACAUAAUAUACCAGCCUUCAUUUAUGUUAACUGAGGAAACUAAACCUUGAAUUUUGUAUUAAUACCAUAUCUGAAGUCUCCAUAAGUCCUGGUCACAAUUCUUAGUCAUCAGACGACGUUUCGCAUGUCUCGCGUGUUGUAUUUAGAGCGUUAAUUAUCCCUCAUUGGACGCUCAUUGCGAAGGUGCAAUUGUUAUUUACCGUACUGUAACGUCGUGUUUGAAAGUUAAAUAUAACUAUCGGAAAUAGUUCACUGACUGACAAAAUGAUGCUUAAGUUUGGCUUUUUCAUGCUUCAGUGAAUUAAAAGAUCAUUUCAUUGCGGUACAAGGUUUUGUGCCAUAUGUUUCGAGAUAUGUUUGGACUUCCGUUCAAUAUGCUAAUAUGCUUGAGUUCUAAUUUGAAUUUCGAAUUCUUUAUAAUCCUGCUGUUUUCAAAUAUUAUUUACUUUCUGCGAAAGUUUUGUUCGUCGUCAAGAUGGGCCUUUGCUUCAAAGGCUUGUCAAUGUAAACACCUCAAAGACCCAUAAAUGAAGAAACGAAUAGAAUAUCUUCAAAAGCGUUUUGUUCAUCAAAGUUUCAUGUUGUCUCUUUUAAUGGUUUAUGACGAUCUGAUCUAAUUGAUGUGAUCUUUAUCUGAUUAAAGAUACCAAAUAUUAUCUUAUGCAAGUUCGUCGACCGGAAGCUUUGGUUAUCCUAGAAAGUGAAGUUUUACUCAGUGCUGGGAUUUUCCUAAAUGCUGAAUUUAACACGUGACUGAGUCUUACUUUGAUAUUGAGCGCACGUCACCUACUUUCGUAGGGUUUUGUUUUGUUUUUUGAAUAAAUAAAUUCAAAUCCCGAUGCUACGUUUUGUUUUCGUAUGUGUUGCUUACUUAAUAAUCUGCUGAGACGAUUUUGGCGAUUUUUGUCUUUUUGUACCUCAAAGAAGUACUAUAAAUACGCCUAAAAUAACUAAUAAUCGUUCCGAACAUAAAAAUGCAAUAGAUUAUUUAGAAA